AUGGCUAGUAAAUCGUUACUGUAUUCGUUUAUUUUCAUUUUAAAAUUGCGAUUAUGUUGGUUGCAAACAGGUGGAAUUUCAACUACCAUACCAUUAAAUAAAGAGAUCUUAAAAGAUGUUACGACUACUGACGGAGAUACGUGUACAAGUAAACUUCAUACGUGCUCACUAAAAAUGACAACAAAAUAUUUAAAAGGCUUGGCAGGGCCUCCCGGAGAAAAAGGAGACAGAGGUAUAGAUGGUCCAAGAGGAGAUACAGGAUCACCAGGUUUACAAGGAAUUCGUGGAUUACCGGGCGUUGUGAUGAGUGAUAGGUCUGUCUGGCACAUGGAAAUGCUUGGUUUGGUAGAUAAUGAUGAUGAAUAUAUUGAAUUAGUUGAAGAAUUAUCGCCUGUUAAUGAUCUGUGUAAAGAUAAAAGAGAUAAAGAAAAAGUCAUUAUAAAUGGUUCAAAGUGGAAGAAAGAACUCCUACCAUUUGAAGUUACUUGUGACGCGUCAGGUUGGUCUUGUCUUGUGAGCGCAAGAAAAACUACAGAAUUUAAUUAUGCCUCGGAAAUGGAGCCAUUCUGGUUAAGCAAAUUAAACUUUAGUAGCAUCGAUUUUUAUGGGCUAACGACACAUCAGCUUUAUUAUUUACAAGAGCGGGCAUCUUCAGCUAAGAUGACUAUUAGAUAUCAUUGUAAAAAUUCAGUCGUACUGCCAGAAAAUAAAAAUAAUUCUUUACGUCUUUUGUUGUGGAACGAUGUUUCAGUAGGCCUCGACUCUGACGAAGAAACACCAUUUAAGUACACUGUGUCAAAUAAUAAUUGUAAGGAACAGGAUGACUAUGAAUCAAAAUGGCUGUACACUGAUAUAACAAUAGUCAGUUCUAUUGGUCGUCGCUUACCCGUUAUCGAUUUUCUAGUUAGAGACGUUCGAAACGAAAAUCAGUUUCUAUCUUUAGAAGUUAUAGAUUUAUGUUUUCGUUAA